UCUAAAGUCCCCACGUACCCACCAGGAGUCAGAUUCUCCCCAGACACCGAGGCUGGGGUCAUGACGUCUGGAACCCUCCUCCUGCUGCUCUCGGGGACACUGGCCCUGACCGAGACCAGGACGGGCUCCCACUCCAUGAGGUAUUUCAGCACCACCGUGUCCCGGCCCGGCCGCGGGGAGCCCCGGUACAUGGAAGUCGGCUACGUGGACGACACGCAGUUCGUGCGGUUCGACAGCGACGCCGCGAGUCCGAGGAUGGAGCCGCGGGCGCCGUGGAUGGAGCAGGAGGGGCCGGAGUAUUGGGACCGAGAGACACGGAGAGCCAAGGACAACACACAGAUUUACCGAGUGACCCUGCAGAACGUGCGCGGCUACUACAACCAGAGCGAGGCCGGGUCUCACACCUUCCAGGAUUUGUACGGCUGCGACGUGGGGCCGGACGGGCGCUUCCUCCGCGGGUAUUACCGGUCAGCCUACGACGGCAAGGACUACAUCGCCCUGAACGAGGACCUGCACUCCUGGACCGCCGCGGACACGGCGGCUCAGAACACCCAGCGCAAGUGGGAGGCGGCCAAUGAGGCUGAGAGGAUGAGAGCCUACCUGGAGGGCGCCUGUGUGAAGUGUCUCCUCUGCUACCUGGAGAACGGGAAGGAGACGCUGCAGCGCGCGGAUCCCCCAAAAACACAAGUAACUCACCACACCGUCUCUGACCAUGAGGCCACCCUGAGGUGCUGGGCCAUGGGCUUCUACCCUGCGGAGAUCACAUUGACCUGGCAGCGGGAUGGGGAGGACCAGACCCAGGACAUGGAGCUUGUGGAGACCAGGCCAGCAGGGGACGGAACCUUCCAGAAGUGGGCGGCUGUGGUGGUGCCUUCUGGAGAAGAGCAAAGAUACACAUGCCACGUGCAGCACGAGGGGCUGCUGGAGCCCUUCACUCUGAGAUGGGAGCCAUCUUCCCAGCCCACCAUCCCCAUCAUGGGCAUCGUUGCUGGCCUGGUUGUCCUGGGAGCUGUGGUCACUGGAGCUGUGGUCGCUGCUGUGAUGUGGAGGAGAAAGAGCUCAGUCAGUGGCAGUGCCCAGGGCUCCGAUGUGUCUCUCAGGGCUUGUAAAGCCUGAGACAGCUCCUUGUGUGGGACUGAGAUGCAGGAUUUCUUCACGCCUCCCCUUUGUGACUUCAAGAGCCUCUGGCAUCUCUUUCUGCAAAGGCUUCUGAAUGUGUCUGCUUCCCUGUUAGCAAAAUGUGAGAAGGUGAAGAGACAGCCCACCCUGUGUCCAACAUGACCCCUGUCCCCAUGCUGACCUGUGUUCCCUCCCCAGUCAUCUUUCCUGUUCCAGAGAGGUGGGGCUGGGUGUCUCCAUCUCUGUCUCAACUUCAUGGUGCAUUGAGCUACAAUCUCUUACUUCCCUACUGAAAAUAAGAAUCCGAAUAUAAAUUUGUUCUUCAAAUAUUUGCCAUGAGAGGUUGAGUUAAUUAAAUAAGUCAAUUCCUAAAAUUUGAGAGAGGAAAUAAAGACCUGAGAACCUUCCAGAA